AUGGCAAGCCACGGCGGGGAUGAUAACAGCUUGCCCCGCGUCGAUGAGAACACCGUGAAAGUUGUCCAGAAUGAAGAUGAUCUGGGGCUCAUGGACGUGGAGAUGGACUCGCGCAUGGCAUCACAGGGCUCGACCAAAUUCCUCUUAAUCAAAAUUCCCUUCUUCCGCGACGUCCUCCUUGAGUCAUUCGACUGCCCGCAUUGCGGCUUCAAAAAUAACUCGAUCAAAGCUGCUGGCGAGAUCCAGGAGCAUGGCACUCAGUAUACGUUGGAAAUCCAUGACAAGCGAGACUUCGACCGCCAGGUCGUUAAGGGCGACUCUGCAACCUUCCGCCUCGAUACUCUUGGAAUUGAAAUGCCAGCAGGCCAAGGACAACUUACCAAUAUCGAGGGGAUGUUGACCAAGAUUCAAACUCAGCUCGAAGGCGAGCAGCCACACCGGAAAGCCACCGACCCUGCUUUAUAUCAAGCGCUCGACGAGAUUCUGCAAAAGCUCGCCAAGAUGACCAGCGGCGAAUUGUAUCCCUUCACAGUAACCUUGGAAGACCCCAGUGGGAACUCUUGGAUUUCUCCUGCGCCGUAUGAUGAGGGAAGCAGAUACAAGCGAAAGGAAUACCUACGCACAAAGGAGCAGAACGAAGCACUCGGCAUUGGAAUCGGCGGAGAUGACGAGGAAUCGGGCAUGGUCCAAACUGCUGGAGACCCUGAUGACCUGGACAUCAUCGACGGGAAAGUGUACAGUCUUCCUGCACACUGUCCUGCUUGCUCUAAACCCUGCGUGGUCAACAUGCAGAAGGUAAACAUCCCACACUUCAAGGAAGUUUUCAUCUGGAGCACUGUCUGUGAUCACUGCGGUUACCGUACCAGCGACGUCAAGACAGGAGGGGCUAUCCCAGAAAAAGGGAAGCGGAUCAAACUGCGCGUAGAGUCCGUUGAAGAUCUCUCUCGAGACAUCCUCAAAUCAGAGAGCUGUGUCUUGAGAAGCGAGGACCUUGGUCUCUCCGUCCAGCCUGGCACGCUUGGUGGCAGGUUCACCACCGUGGAGGGACUGCUCACCCAAAUCCGCGACCAGUUACAUGGGCAGAUUUUUGAUUUCGGUGACGAGGACCUCGCACCCGGUGACUCCAUGGUAUCUUCAGAGAAGGAUCGAUGGCAGAAAUUCUUCGCCAAGAUUGAUUCCGCCAUCAAGGGAGAUGAGAAGUUCACUAUCACUCUCGAGGACCCAUGCGCAAACAGCUACGUGCAGAAUCUCUGCCUCCCAGAGCCAGACCCCCAAUUAGAGGAGGAAGAAUAUACCCGUACCGAAGAAGAGGAAGACGAUCUUGGACUCAAGGAUAUGAAGACUGAGGGCUACGAAGAGGAGCACCGGCUGGCUCUAGAAGCUGAGAAGGCCGCUGAGGCCGCUGAGGCUGCUGAGGCCGCGGAAGCAGAAGCCGCAGAAGCCGAGGGCACAGCCUGA